AUGGAAAGUGAACCCAGUUAAAAAAUAAAAUAAAAAAAUCCAAUUGAAUUGGACUCGUUGAUGGUGGUGUUUGAGUUCCUGAGGCAAUGACGUCGGUGGCGGUUGCCGUUAAUGGCGGAAGGGGCGGCGGCGGCGGAAGCAGACGCGCCGUCAGAUGGGCCGUCGAGAAUCUGUUGCCAACCGCCGAUCGUUUCAUCUUGGUUCACGUUAUGCCCAAAAUCACCUCCAUCCCCACCCCAAUGGGGGAUCGUGUGGCUGUGUCGGAGUUAGACGCCGACGUGGUAGCACUGUACGUUCACGAUGUGAAGGAGAAAUAUGAACAAGUUUUUGCCCCUUUUAAGAAGUUAUGUAGAAGAGAAAAGUUUCUUCUUUUGGUAGAGACUUUGGUUUUGGAGGAUGACAAUCCUGCCACUGCGCUUCUUAGAUAUGUAUCUGAGUCUGGGAUUAAACGCUUGGUUUUGGGUUCUUGUUUUAGAAGCUGCAUAGCAAGGAAGCUAAAAGGGCCUUCAGUACCCUCUGCUAUUCUGAGAGCUGCUCCUGCUUCUUUUGAUAUCUAUGUUAUAUAUAAGGGAAGAGUCAUCACAAGACCAACCGCUACUGCUCCAUCUACUGAAACAGACUCGAGGCAGUGGAUGCUCGGUGAUACCGAUUACUACCGCGGCUCUGGUGCCAUUAGCGAACAAUCGUCUGCAACUUUCUCUUCUUCUUCAGUGUCGAAUGUUCAUCAAAGGGGUGAUAGCCUUGAAGGCAAUUCUACCGAGCAACUGAACUCUUUGAGUACUCUGACUGAGGAGGAAGAUAUGCGGGCUGAAGUCGAAUCACUGCAACUAGAAUUAGAAACCACCGUUUCGUUGUACAAACGAGCUUGUGAAGAACUAGUACAUGCUCAAAAGCAGGUUCAGUCACUUACGUCUGAAUGCCUUGAAGAAUCAAGGAGAGUGAGUGAGGCCUUAGAAAGGGAACAAGCUUUGAGAACAGUUGCUUCUGAAGAAAAAGCAAAGCACCUGGAAGCCAUGAAGGAGCUGGAAGAGGCAAAAGAUUUGCUGGCUAAAGAGGCUUAUGAAAGGCAGCUGGCUGACCUUAAUGCCUUAAAGGAGUCCGUGGAGAAGCAGAAAAUUGUUGAUACUCUUCUCACUAAUGACAGGAGGUACAGAAGAUAUACCCCAGCUGAAAUAGAAGCAGCGACGAAUUUCUUCGAACAAGUUAACGUGAUCGGCGAGGGAGGAUAUGGGAAAGUUUACCGAUGCAGUCUUGAUCAUACCCCUGUUGCUAUUAAGGUUCUUCAACACGACGUACUCGAGAAAAAGGACGAGUUUCUGAAAGAGGUUGAAAUUCUGAGCCAAAUACGCCAUCCACACGUGGUUUUACUGCUUGGAGCUUGCCCCGAGCAAGGUUGCUUGAUCUAUGAGUACAUGGAAAAUGGAAGCCUAGAUGAUCAUAUCUUGCUCCGGAAUGGAAAAACUCCACUGCCUUGGUUUGUUAGAUUUAGAAUAGCUUUUCAAGUAGCUUCUGGGCUUGCAUUUUUACACAAUUCAAACCCAGAGCCUAUAAUUCACAGAGAUCUAAAACCGGGUAAUAUCUUACUAGACAGAAACUAUGUAAGCAAAAUCUCAGAUGUGGGGAUGGCUAAGAUCAUUGGCGAUAUCGUGCCCGACAAUGUCACGGAGUACAGAAACACCAUUCUUGCUGGAACUCUCCAUUACAUGGAUCCUGAGUAUCAGAGAACUGGCACCCUCCGACCAAAGUCGGAUACGUAUGCUCUUGGAGUAACAAUUCUGCAGCUGUUGACAGGGCGGCAGCCACAUGGUCUUCUUCUCGCUGUUGAGAGUUCCAUCGCAAGUUCCUCCCUCGGAGAUAUUCUAGAUAGAUCAAUUACUGACUGGCCUCUGGCUGAAGCCGAAGUGCUAGCUCGACUUGCGCUGAAGUGCUUGAAACUUAGAUGCAGGGAUAGGCCAGAUCUUGAUACUGAAGUUCUUCCAGUUCUUAAAAGACUUGUUGAUUUUGCAGAUGCUUGUCAAAAUGAAGAAAAGUGUCCUGCCAAUCCCCCGAGCCACUACUUCUGCCCAAUCCUUCAGGAAAUAAUGAAUGAUCCUUAUAUAGCAGCAGAUGGGUUUACUUACGAGUACGUAGCGAUUAAAGCGUGGCUCGAGAAACAUGACUUAUCGCCCGUGACAAAGCUUAAGCUCCAGCAUUCUAUGUUUAUUCCAAACCAUACUCUGCGUUCUGCCAUACAGGAAUGGAGGUCAAGAGUGACAUUUCCAUCUUCCUGAAUUGGAAUGUUUGGCUUUGCAUUCUUAUGGCUUUUUUCCCCCCAAAGGAAAGAACAACUUGAUUAUUAUUUGUUGUAUAGUUAUAGUAAAAUCUCCCAAUGUAUAGUAUUGUUUUGUGCUACAAACUACUUCAAAUGUUCUUAAAGUUUAUACA